UAAGUUCAACAAAAUACCUGCCAUGCUGAACCGAUCUGCAUGGAAAGUGUUUAUACUUUUGGCACUGGCCAUCGGAUCGUUCGGCAAACGUGGAUUCAAUUUGGAUAAACCCAUUGAACUGAGCCACUUCAGGGGCGUGAUUGCCCCCACCGAUAUACUGUGUUUGAAAUUUUACAUCGGCAAGAAGACGACCCUUCCGCUGCAGGUCCCAGUGUUGACCAAUAUUCCUCUGAGUGCCAUCAAGGCAACCGCUUGGGAGUUUAACAAAAUUGGCUUCAAAAUGGACAUCCAAAUUGGCGGUUUGGGAGCCACAACGACGAUUCUUAACUUUCACGGGCCAGAAAAGACAAAGUUCGCCAUUGAGGUGGAGUGUUACUGCACUGCUGCACCACCGCCGCCACCACCAGUGAAUGCACUGGCUCCACCAGCUCCGGCUCCAGUUGAUCCACCACCACUAGCAGUUAAUUUCAAAUAAAGUGUUUAUUUAUUUUAAAUUUU